CAGACGCUACGAAAUCUGCAGGAACAUCAAACACUGCCUCGAAAAAAAGUCUUACAGACGAGGCUCAACCCAAGUCGGGGGAUCGACACCUAUCUCCAGCAGUGGCUCAUCUUUUGCUCACAAACGGGAUAACUGACACGGCAAAUAUCCCAACUACUGGGCCAAAAGGGAGGUUGUUGAAAGGUGACGUUUUGGCAUAUAUGGGUAAAAUUAAGCCUCCACCGCCUACCAAGUCGAUGACACCCGCAGAAAUGGAAGCCGCAAAGACAUCAGAUUCAAAGAAACACGUGUCCAUGGCCAAAAGUACGCCAUCUCCGUCACCGGUAUCCCCUUCAGCACGAGGGCCAGCUUCCACGGAAA